AUGUCAGUCGUUUUUAAUGUAACUUGUAUAUAUCUAUCUAUCUAUCUAUCUAUCUAUUUAUCUAUCUAUCUAUAUAUGAUAGACUCUCCCAUCGAAUACCCAUCUAUUCAUAUCUAUCUAUUAGAAGUCUAUUCAUAUCUAUCUAUCUAUCUAUCUAUCUAUCUAUCUAUCUAUCUAUCUAUCUCAAAUCUAUUCAUAUCUAUCUAUCGCAAGUCUAUUCAUAUCUAUCUAUUAGAAGUCUAUUCAUAUCUAUCUAUCUAUCUAUCUAUCUAUCUAUCUAUCUAUCUAUCUAUCUAUCUCACAUCUAUUCAUAUCUAUCUAUCGCAAGUCUAUUCAUAUCUAUCUAUUAGAAGUCUAUUCAUAUCUAUCUAUCUAUCUAUCUAUCUAUCUAUCAAUCUAUCUAUCUAUCAAGUUCUUUCUUCAGAUCUAUCUAUCUAUCUACUUUCUUCAGAUCUAUCUAUCUAUCUAUCUAUCUAUCUCAAAUCUAUUCAUAUCUAUCUAUCGCAAGUCUAUUCAUAUCUAUCUAUUAGAAGUCUAUUCAUAUCUAUCUAUCUCAAAUCUAUUCAUAUCUAUCUAUCUCAAAUCUAUUCAUAUCUAUCUAUUAGAAGUCUAUUCAUAUCUAUUUAUCUCAGAUCUAUUCAUAUCUAUCUAUCACAAGUCUAUUCAUAUCUAUCUACCUCAAAUCUAUUCAUAUCUAUCACAAGUCUAUUUAUAUCUAUCUCAAAUCUAUUUAUAUCUAUCCAUCACAAGUCUAUUUAUAUCUAUCUAUCUAUCUAUCUAUCUAUCUAUCUAUCUAUCUAUCUAUCUAUCUAUCUAUCAAGCAAAAAAUGA